AUGGCUCUUUUUUCUACUUAUGAUAUGGUUGUUCACUAUGAGGAGAAACAAGUGAGAAAUCCAAAUAUCGAUCCAAUUGGUUACUGUUACCUUAAUCUACUAUUUGAUGUUGCUGAGAAGGUGUUCGGUGAAGUCCCUGGGCAUCUGAAUAAGUUAAUACAUAUGAGGUGUCAGAUUCCUAAGACAGAUCAUAUGUUUGAUAUUACAGAUGAUGAUAGUGUACGUGAAAUGUUUGAAAUGCAUAAGUCUGGAAGAAUGAUUAAUGUGCAUGUGCAGGAUAUGGAUGUUAUUCCAUCUUAUAAAGCUAAUCAGAUAAAUGAAAAUGGUCAUAACACUGAUUUGAACUUAAGAGAAAAAGGAAAGGACAAGGUAUGUGUUGUUGCCAUUGAUGAUUCUGAGGGUGAAUAUAGUGAUUCCAGCUCUGAUUCAAGCUGGCUGCACAGCAUGGAUAGUGACAAUGAGAAAGAUUUAGAUGUUCAUAGCGAUAGUGAUGAAUCUGACAUGUCAUUUUCUGAUUUUGAUGACAAUGAGGAGGGUGCCUUAGUUCCUUAUUCUGAAAAUGAAGAAGAAACUGACCCUGUUCAGCAAGCUUUGAAAUCAAAACUGUGGACGUACAACCCAAAAGUAGAGAUAGAGUUUAAGAAAGGUCAACUAUUUACUAAUGUCGAUGCAUUUAGAGCAGCUUUAAAGGACUAUGUAAUUCAGAAAGGAUUUCCAAUUAUGAGACUGAAGAAUGAGAAGAGCAGAGUCACUGCUGUUUGUGGUGUUGAAGGGUGCAAAUGGAGAAUCCAUGCAUCACCAGUUUUAGAUUCCAUGACCUUUAUGAUUAAGACUUAUCAAGGUGAACACACAUGUGUGAUGGACAGGAAGAACACAGAAGCUACAGCUGACUGGAUUGCCAAGAAACUAGUUCCAGUCAUGAGAAUUCACCCCAACAUGUCCACCAAAGGGGUAGAAGCUGAGAUGAUUAAGUAUGGUGUGCAUCCAAGCAAAUGGCAGAUGUAUAGAGCACUAACUAAAGCAAGAAAUGAGAUUGAAGGCAAUCACAUUGAAUCGUACGCCAAAUUGCCAAAGUAUGCAGAGCUGAUCAGGAAAUACAACCCACAAAGUAUCUGCAAAAUACAUUAUGAUAGGCCUACUCUUCUUGUUGAGCCUAGAUUUCUCAGAAUGUUUAUUAGUUUCAAAGCUCAAAGAAGUGGAUUUGUUGAAGGCUGUACACCUUUUGUUGGUUUUGAUGGAUGUUUUUUAAAAGGUGCUUAUGGUGGUGUGCUUCUCACAGCAGUCACAUUAGAUGCUAACAAUAGCAUUUUUCCUAUUGCAUUUACUGUGGCUGAAGCUGAAAAUAAAGAAACCUGGAGUUGGUUUUUUCAUUACUUUGAGGAGUUUUUUGGACCAUUUACUUCAGAAAAUGGUUUUCAUGGUCCUCUAACCUUCAUGAGUGACAGGCAAAAGGGCCUGAAUAUAGCUUAUGAAGAGAGAGUGCCUGUUGCUAGUGGAAGACAUUGCUGUAGGCAUAUCUGCAGUAAUUUUAAAGCUCAAUUUCCUGAUAUUCUGCUUAGUAACUUGUUCUGGAGAGCAGCAAAAAGCUUUGAUGUUGCAGGACAUAAUGAAGCCAUGGCUAGCAUAAAGGAGUUAAACAAAGAAGCAUGGAAAUACUUGGAUAAAAUUCCUAAAACAACAUGGUGCAGAUAUACCUUCAAUACUGGACUAAAAUGUGAUCAUGUCACAAAUAACUGCACUGAGUCCUUCAAUGCAUGGAUAGGUGAGCUAAGAGGGAAGCCUAUCUUGACACUUGUUGAUGGGCUGAGGAAGAAGUUCAUGAAGAAAAUGCAUAAGCGAUAUCAGAAAGGGUGCAUGCUCACCACUGCCAUCACACCAAAGAUGCUUGGUAAACUACAAAAAAUAGGACAAGCAUCAAGACAAUGUGAACUCACUAUGGCUUCUACUGAUGUAUUUGAAGUGGGGGAUAUGAACAGGUCCUACAUAGUCAAUUUAUCAGCUAAAACUUGUGAUUGUGGAGCAUUUCAAAUUUCAGGCCUUCCUUGUAAACAUGCUGCACUAGGGAUUAUCUACAAGAGAGAAAAGCUGGAAUCCUACUGUGAGCAUUGGUUCUCAAGAGAUAAGUACUUAAAGACAUAUUCAAGUAUGAUUCAUCCAAUUCCUGAUGAGAAAAUGUGA